AUGCCCUCUCUCUUUACCGGUGACGAAACCCCUCCGCGUGCUUCGGCCAACAACACUAGAGAACAGAUGAACAUCAUGGCAGCCUCGUCGUCUCAACUUGCUAUGACCGGCGUUUAUCCUCCCGUGCCUACGCGGGAAUUUGGAUUGAUAGAGCAAAACCGUCAUAAUAUCGGAAGCACGGUUCGAUUCACUUACUUUCCUGACAUCGAAACGCUGAUUGUGAAGGUUCCCUCGAAGGAACAAGAAAAAGCCCACAGGACUAUAGGCAGCCGCCUUACACGCAAAGUGGCUAAAAUGGGGGUAGGGGGUCUUGAAUUCCAAGCGCUGGGGGCUACCAUGUACACCGGGCCAACUGCCAGCAGGAAGGAGAGCGACUCGACUUGGAUCAACGACUUGGUAAGACCCGGCGGUUGGCCAUUGCUGGUCGUUGAAGCGGGCGUGUCUGAAUCGAUGCCCCGCCUUCGGUGCGACGCGUCAUGGUGGAUCUCGAACUCGAAGGGUGAGGUCCAGACUGUAUUGAUCAUCGAGGUCUCGAGGAACCCGAAGAAGGUAGAAAUCGAAAAAUACGUGCCCAUGCAGAUCCCGCGGACUCGGGUGCAGCCUGGCCCGGUAUACCAGGCGCACAAAGUGUGGACCACCAAGAUUGAUCAGCAGGCGAAUCCUCCAACGGUUCUGGGCGCUCCUCUGCGACUCAAGUUCGGCAAAGUCCUUGGUCGGUCCCCAAUUCCCUCCGUGGAACACGACAUCGUAUUUACAUCGGCAGAACUACUGGAAUGGUCGAGAUACGUGUUUAUUUAG